GGCUGACAGGAGCCAGUUUCUUCAGUGUGUUUGAGGGAGCAGACGAGAAACUUGUGCUGUGCUCUGAGUUGAUGAAAUAGUGUGUGUUGAGCUGAAGGAGAAGAUGGACAGCUGUCUGAUGCUGAUGUUUCUGUGUUAUAUGGUAAAACUCAUCACCUCUGACAGUGUGAGUGUGAGGUUGGUGAAUGGCAAUAAUCCCUGUGCUGGUCGAGUGGAGGUUUUUAAUGGUGGUCAGUGGGGAACAGUGUGUCAUCAGGAGUGGGAUAUUGCUGAUGCUGCAGUGGUGUGUAGAGAGCUGGACUGUGGGACGGCUGUAAAACCAACAUAUAAUGCUCAAUUUGGACAAGGAUCAGGACCAAUUUCAUCAAUGGCUGUUGUACGAUGUAGUGGAUCAGAGACUGCACUGAAAGACUGUAGGUCAAACAGUUGGUAUGCACAGCAGAUCUGUAAACAUAAUCAAGAUGCUGGUGUCGUCUGUUCAGGAAAUGGACUUCGACUUCUGGACGGGUUUCACCUGUGCUCUGGUAGAGUUGAGAUGUUUCGUACAGAAGGAUGGGGUUCAGUGUGUGAUGCUGCCUUUGACCAGCAGGAUGCAGAGGUUGUGUGUAGAGAGCUGGACUGUGGGGCUCCUGUACAGGUGCUGGGAGCAGCUGCUUUUGGCAAAGGAAAAGGCCGUGUUUGGUCAGAGGAGAUUCAGUGCAGAGGAAAUGAAUCUCAGAUACAUGUCUGUCCACGAUCGUCUUCACAGAUGCACAGCUGUUCCCAUAACAAUGAUGUGGGAGUGAUCUGUUCUGGUUAA